CCCUUAACGGGGUCACGGGGCAGCAGUAGACAGCUUCAUGUAAAACCGUGUUUACUCUGUGGCUCCAAGUUAAAUAUAGGUUUAAAAUUAAACUUGGAUUUCUAUAAACGCCUCUCGGUAAAUUAACUGUGUCUUUUGAGACUUAACACCAUUUGACUGCGGAGAGGACAGGACCAGAACAGAGACAUGGCCAUUAAACUAUUUGUACUGGUUUGUUGGGGUUGGAUUUCGGGCUGGAUCCUGGUUUGUUCUGCUGCUUCUGACCAGAUAAACAUCACAGUUAAACCUGGAGACAACAUCACUCUGUCAUGUCGAGCUCCCAGCAGCACCAACAUCAUAGUUGUAGAGUGGAUCAGAACUGACCUGGAACCAGAAUAUGUCUUUAUGUACCGGGACGGGCGACCUGUUCUAGAGAGCCAGCAUGAGUCUUUUAAGGACCGGGUGGAGCUGGAGGACAGUGAGAUGAAGGACGGAGACGUGUCUUUGGUUCUGAGGAAUGUGACGACUGGUGACAGAGGAACAUACGAGUGUCGUGUCGUCCUAGGAAAAACAACGCGCAGGAAGAGAUAUCUAAACAAUGAGCCCAUCAGCACCAUCUACCUGGAUGUUAAACUAGGUUCCACUGGAGGACGCAACGGGGAGGAAGGAGCCAAGGAUGGAGGAGCCAAGGAUGGAGGGAACAUGGAUGGAAACAGUGGAGGACAUGUUGGACUGAUAGUUGUUCUUUCACUUUUUGUUGUGAUGGUUGUUGUUGUUGUUGUUGUUGUUUCCGUCCUCCUGAAAUAUAAAAGACACAUGAAGAAGAAUCCCCACCCUCCUCCUCCUCCUGAUGAAGAAGCAGGUGACCAACAGCUGUUAUGAAACAUAAAUCCUAACUGGGAAGUGGACUGGGUGAGUGUAUCACUGUCAUCCAAACCAUUGUCCAGACUUUCUGUGACAGCUGCAGACAAACCAGUGUUCCCAGUUCCACUGUCAUGAAGACAAUGGAAACACCAGUAGAGAUCAAAACAUUUCAAUUCAGGUGUAAAUGUUUGCACAACAGAGUCAUGGAUACAGUAACACUGUCAAUAAACCAUUUGCUAAACAGUUCAGCUUCCUGUAACACAGAGCUGAUGAUCACAGAUGACGACUGUAAUGACCCCCUCCUUGAACUGCCACCUUAUCGUGGUGGAGGGUUUGUGUGUUCAGAGGAUACUGGGAGCUGUGGUCUGGAGCAUUCAGCUCCUGGUUGCACAGUUUGGUUAUUGGGAAUGAAAAAA